CUACCAAGCAGGGUUAUUCAUGUUUCUGGAAACAAAGUAAGGCUGCUGCCAUCAGGAGGCCAACGUGGAAGAUAUGCAGCCUUGAGCCAUUGCUGGGGCUCUUCUGGGAGGCCGCCCUUGAAGACAACUCGGGCAAAUCUCCACAACCAUCUCCAAGACAUUCCUUGGACGUCGAUUCCAAAGACAUUUCAGGACGCGGUAACCGUUGCUCGCAGCAUCGGUCUCGCCUAUGUCUGGAUUGAUUCGCUCUGCAUUGUGCAAGACGACCAUCAGGACUGGCUGGAAGAAUCAGAGCGCAUGGGCUCUAUAUACGAACAAGCUGAACUCACAAUCGCCGCGUCUCAUACUCCAGGCUGCUGGGAAGGAUUCCUUUUCCCUCGCCAUCCACUGCCUCCAUCCGUAGAAAUUCCCAGCUUCUUCUCUCACGGUAGUGAUGUGUCUGAGGCGCCUGGGAUACGGGUCUUCGCAACUGUCCGGCGGGAUACCGCUACCAAUACGUUUCCAGAGUUCGGUGUACUCAACAGCCGCGCCUGGGCUACCCAGGAAUGGCUCCUGUCGAGGCGCAUAGUUUUCUUCACCAAGGGAACCAUCAUCUGGUCGUGCAAAGCCAUCACACAGCGCGAGACGGGUGAGAGGUGCUAUAGUGUCUCACGGAAUACACGCUGGAAGAAUAUCAUAGAGCAGUACAGUGAUCGCCAGUUGACCUAUGCAACAGACAGGUUGAUUGCACUCGAAGGGCUGCGAAUGGAACUGGGAAAGAAGAUUGCGUGCGAAUAUGCCUUUGGAGUGUGGAAAGAGUCUCUUCCGAACCAAUUGCUCUGGCAAGUGACUAAAGGGAUAGAGGGAGCGGUGAUUCCAGAUCCUCUCAAGCUGCCAACCUGGACAUGGGCA